AUGGUAACAGGAUUUGUUCUUUUGGGAUUUUCUGGAAAUAAACUUUCCCUUUUUACAAUCUUUUUAUGUACAUAUAUCAUAACUGUGGGUGGUAACCUAUCUAUAAUCAUUACAUAUACCCUUAGUCCAAGCCUUCAUACGCCGAUGUAUUUUUUUCUUGCUAAUUUUUCCCUCUUGGAAAUUCUGUAUGUUUCAUGUACUGUCCCUAAGAUGUUGUCCAGUUUACUGUCAGACUGUAAAGUCAUCUCCUACAUUGGUUGUGCUGUUCAAAUGUAUUGUGUCUUGUUGUUUGGUGGAACAGAGUGCUGUAUGCUGGCAGCCAUGGCUUAUGACCGGUAUAAUGCCAUAUGUCACCCUCUGUUGUAUACUCUGAUCAUGAAAGAAAUAGUCUGUAUCCGGCAUAUAGUGGGAUCAUAUGUCAUUGGUGCAGCUAAUGCCCUAAUACACACAGUGUUCACAUUUUCAUUACCAUUCUGUGGAUCCAAUGAGAUAGACCAUUUCUUCUGUGAUGUUCCACCGGUGCUAGAACUCUCAUGCCAGGAUAUUUGGGUCAAUGAACUUGUGGUAUUUUUGGUUGCUGGCUGUGUUAUAAUUGGUUCAUUCAUAGUAACAAUGAUUUCCUAUAUAAAAAUAAUUUCAAAAAUUCUAAAGCUCCGUUCUGCUUCGGGCAAGAAGAAAACUUUUGCAACCUGUUCUUCUCACUUAAUAGCUGUCACAAUAUUUUAUGGUUCAGCAAUUUUUAUGUAUUUUAGACCAAAGUCAAGCUAUAGAAUUGGGCAAACAAGUCUGGCCUCUUUAAUGUAUACGGUUAUCGCUCCACUCUUAAACCCUUUCAUAUACAGUCUACGAAACAAAGAAGUCAAAUCAAAUAUCAAAAAUAUAUUUUUUAAGAGAAUUAAAUUCUGA